AUGGACUUGUCUAACUGUACAGAGGGGGUCUUCUCCCUGGGUGUGGGGGGUGGGGGUGGGGAGGGGGAUGGGGGUUCUAUAACCCCACCAAGUAAAAUAAUCCUCACCCUCACCCUGUCCCUGCUCGCUCUCAUUACAAUGGUUAUCAACUCCCUGGUGAUCACAGCCAUCAUCGUAACCAGAAAGUUACAUCACCCGGCCAACUACCUGAUCUGCUCUCUGGCGGUGACGGACCUGCUGGUGGCCAUCUUGGUCAUGCCCUUCAGCAUCCUCUACAUACAGAGGGAAAGCUGGGUGAUGGGCGAGGCUGUGUGUAAUGUUUGGCUGAGUGUUGACAUCACCUGCUGCACUUGUUCCAUCCUCCACCUGGCAGCCAUCGCUCUGGACCGCUACUGGGCCAUCACUGACGCAGUGGAGUACUCACGCAAACGCACCGGCCUCCGAGCUGGCAUCACUGUCGCCGUCGUCUGGUUCCUGUCCGUCCUCAUAUCCCUUCCCCCUCUGCUGUGGAGGAACCAUGGUGGGGGGCCAGAGGAGGACCAGUGUCUGAUAAUACACCACCACAUCGCCUUUACCCUCUACUCCACCCUGGGAGCCUUCUAUAUUCCCCUGCUCCUCAUCCUCCUCCUCUACUAUAAGAUCUACAGAGCAGCUCAGACUCUGUACCUCCGCAGGGGGGCCAGCAGAGCCAGCCAACACUCCUCCAUGGUCAACGGAACCACCCUCCCCUCCUGCCCCACUGACGGAGAUCCCCAGAGCCCAGACACCCUGAACCCCCCAGAAAAGUCCUACUCAGACCCCUCCACGGAGGGCGACCGCGUGCGCAUCGCCGUAAAAAGUCCCCAGAGCGAGUCGAGGCGGGAGCGUGAAUGUGGGUUGAGACGGCAGCGUAUCUCAGGGACCAGGGAGCGACGUGCUGCAUCUACGUUAGGACUGAUACUGGGGGCCUUCGUGGUCUGCUGGAUGCCUUUCUUCCUGAAGGAGGUGAUCGUCAACACGUGUGGCUCCUGCAACACCUCCAUAGAGCUGGCUGACUUCCUCACCUGGCUGGGGUACCUCAACUCCCUUAUCAACCCUCUCAUCUACACUAUCUUCAACGAAGACUUUAAGAAGGCCUUCCAGAGACUGGUCAGGUGUAGGCUUCGCCUCUGA